AUUAACUGUUAAAACGAGUCAUUAUGAUCAAGUGGACGUUUCUGAUGUUCGGCUUGAGUUUAGUAUCAACUUAUGAGAGGUCUACGAAGCAUACUUGCUUGUGGCACAAUAAUACAUGUGUGGAAUUUUGUCCAGAAUGGAUGGUUGUGAAAAGAAGUGACUGUACACAAUCGUACUGGAAAGCUCAACGAACUUGCGACCAUCCUGAGCAAAUGCUUGUAGGAACCGUUUGCGGAUUCUCUCGAUGUGACUGCCCUGAUCCACUAGUCCUGGACACUGACACUGGAUUUUGUUAUGACAUAGAUAAUUGUCCAACAAUUCAUACGAUAUAAAUGAAAAUGAUACACAAAUUUGACAACAAUUAUGACGGAAUACUGCAGACUUAUUCAAGAAGCCAUUCAUGUUAACAUGAAUUGACUGCUUAAAUACAAAGUUAUUUUUAUACAAUUUAUAAUCUCGUUUGUAAAGAAACGCGGAAAUCAUGUAUAAAGUAUCGUCGACGACACGAUUCAGUGAUAUUAUAUUGUGUUUGUCUACAAUUAAUAGACGUGUCACGAAACGAGAAGCAUAUCUGUGCAUUAAGACAUUAAUUGUAAUUUUAUAUUUAAAACAAAUUAUUAGAACAUUUUCAGAGGAAAUAAAACUUUAGAUUAACUAAAAAUCAUGUGAAAGGUACUGGUGAUUAAAUAUAUGUAUGUUUCCAAACCAUCACGCCAUCACGCCAACCAUAACUACAGAAUAAGUGCUUUAAAUAUAUCCAACACAUUUUAAAUACGUAAAUGCAUAUUUGAUUCUGACUUUUUGAAAAACGAAUCUUUAUAUUAACUGUGCUGUCAGCUGUUGCCUGACAAACUGUCACAACUGUCAAGUGUCAGUGUUUCUUGACAAACGAAAUUGAAUAACACUGGUGUAUCGUGCAAAUAUCAAUGAGAUAAAUUUCCCGCACAUAUUACAUUAAGUAAAGCAAGAGAAAAUGUUGCGCUUCUGUGCUCAAAGUACUUACUCACAAAGUAGGAUUUUACUUCAGCCUCUCGCAAAUAAACAGAUAACCUCGAAACUAAAAGCCAUCAGCAGUUGUUCGAAUAUUAUCAGCAGGCACUACUCUGUGAAGUUAAGAGAUGAGAAGAGUAACUUAGAGUGUAUAUAUUACGGGCCUUUGACACCGCAAAUAAAGGGUGUGAAGGUAUUUUCUCUAAGUUCGAGUGUCGCCGGGUUUCUAGCCCAGCCUAUAAUUAUAAAAGAGGCAUCGUCUAUAGGCAGCAUGUCGCUGAUCGUGGCCCUUUGCUCAGUGGUCGGCUUUUUCACAUUUAUAACGCCUAUAUUGCUGCAUGUUAUAACUAAGAAGUAUGUGACAGAAAUGCAUUACGAUCCUGCAACAAAUACUUAUACGGCCACCACAUUCAAUUUCUUUUUAGCUAGAAAACAGCUUAACUUCAAAGUUGAAGAUGUGGUGGUUCCAGAGAUCCCUGGCAUGUUCACAACUCUUAAUGCCAAAGGCUACCCCUUGUUUGUGGAGGCAAGGCACUUCUCCGACCCCAUGCAUUACGCCAAAUUGAUGGGUUAUGACAAACCUAUGGACUUCAAACUUGGAGAACAGGAUGAUGAUAGUACCAGUAAAUAGAUCUAGGAUUAACACUGGCCAGAUGGGAAAGCCAGCUUACAUACAACAAAGACAGUAUCGGUCAUUUGACGUGACAACUAAAUAUUUUUGACUGGAUCUUCUGUUUUUAUUUUUUUACAAUUUAUUCUUUAUGUAAAUACCAAAUACCCAUUUAGUUUGUUACCCAAUAUGUAUACAAAGAUUAAUUUACAUUCUUGUUGUUUCAUUUCUAAUAAAAAGAAAAGUAUUAACUUGAGAGCAUUUCUUGUACACAUUAAAUGUUUCUUUUUAAUAUAUUGGUUCUAAAAAGUUAUAACUGCUUCACUGACAAGGUUCAAAUCUUUGGUUUGAAUGAUCAAUUAACAGUGUUUAAGUCAAUUACAAUGUAGGAAAGAAGUAAACAUACUGUAAGGAUAUUAUAAAUAAACAAAAAUUAAGUAGAUAUUAUCACCUUUCUCACUUACACAAUUAAUUUUAUAGUUGACAGGGUUAAUUUUUUUUUUCCUCUACCAUUUUUUUAAUUUUUAUAAUAACCUCUUUUAUGGCAAAACCUGUUAUCCUUAUGUUUAGAUAGUAAUGUAACUCUAUAAAUGUAUAUUAUUAUUUUGAAACUAAUUGUAAAUCACUUAAGUGUACAUUUUUUAUGUAUAAGAAUUAUAAAUAAAUAAGUUAUAAAAUAUUUGAUGGUUCAAGUUGAAAUACGUCAAAUAACCCUUGCUGUCUUAAUAGUGUGAAGCAUUUGUUAUUUAUACUAGCUGCUGUAUUUAAAAUUGUAGAAAUAUGUUCCGACCUUGUAAUAAAAACAGUCUGCUUGCAUACAAAGUAUUCAUGUUGAUUUGAACCUACAUCUAUUCUAAAUAGAAAAUAAAUGUUAUUAGUUUACAGA